AAUUUAUAUGCGAGAAUCUUACUUUUGGAGUUACAUAUAUGUCAUGUUCCCCUUCCAUGCUGUGCUUUGAACACCAUGCGAUAUCGUCCGCUUGUCGAUUGGAUCAACUUGUCUCUGUGCCGCUGUUGAGUGACAGUCCGCACUUCUCGGCUUCGCUAAAUACUUAAAUUCCCCGUACAUAGGUACCAAACAAAAAUGGAGAAGGAAUUGCAGGACCGCGGAAGCCAUGUUGAUGAAAAGGAUGUCAUAUCGGACAGUGCUACAGACGUCGACAAUGAAGGACAUAUAGAUGAUAACUCAACUCAUGAAAAGGUUUCCGAUGACAUUGCCAAGACGGCCGAGGCCGCUGAACCAGAGCAUGAAUAUAUUUCUGGGGUCCAGCUGUGGCUUGUUAUGUCGUCGGUUACAUUGGUAGUAUUUCUCAUGUUACUCGACAUAUCUAUCAUUGUGACUGCUAUACCUCGAAUUACCAGCGACUUCCACUCGUUGCCAGAUGUUGGGUGGUAUGGUAGUGCGUAUCUUCUCGCAAGUUGCGCCCUUCAACCCUUAACUGGGAAGCUGUAUAGUGAAUUUAGCACUAAGUACACUUUCCUCGUCUUCGUUGGCCUCUUUGAGCUCGGAUCAGCGAUAUGUGGUGGAGCUCAGUCAUCCACGAUGCUCAUUAUCGGACGAGCUAUUGCUGGCCUAGGAAGUUCAGGGCUCAUAAAUGGUGGCCUCACCAUCAUAGCUGCAUCUGUUCCUCUGGUCAGACGGCCAAUGAUGCUGGGCUUCAUGAUGUCAAUUGCACAGUUAGGUAUAGUGGGAGGGCCAUUGAUCGGAGGCGCAUUUACUGAAUAUGUAUCAUGGCGCUGGUGCUUUUUUAUCAACCUUCCCAUCGGUGCCGUUGCUGCUGUCUUUCUCCUGCUCAUCACAAUACCCGAUCAGAAUAUCAGGAAUACGGAUGAAAAGAUUUCUCUUUUCAAAACACUUGGCAAGCUUGAUCUCGUCGGGUUUGUCCUCUUUGCGCCAUCCGCUACUAUGAUCCUGAUGGCCCUUCAAUGGGGCGGGACAAAAUACCCCUGGAACAGCGCCACCAUCAUCGGUCUCUUCUGUGGCGGGUUUGGCAUGGCUUUGGUUUUCCUUGGUUGGGAAUAUCGAGUUGGCGACAAGGCUAUGAUCCCAUUCUCCAUGCUGAGAGUGAGGGCCGUUUGGGCUUCUUGUGUGGCCAAUGCAUUCUUCUACGGAACUAUGCUGAUCUUCUCGUACUAUAUACCGAUUUACUUCCAGUCUGUCAAGGGCGUUUCGCCAGCGCUGAGCGGGGUGUAUAUGUUGCCUGCAAUUAUUGCGCAGAUGAUAUGUUCGAUUGUGUGUGGAGUAUUAGUUGGACGCAUAGGAUACUACCUUCCAUUUAUGGUGGUUAGUGGUAUACUCGCUGCCAUUUCUUCUGGGCUCCUUGCUACUUUUACCCCAUCUACUUCGGUUGGAAAGUGGAUUGGCUAUCAAAUCCUCUCUGGCGCGGGCCGUGGCCUCGGCAUGCAGAUUGCCAUCGUCGCCGUCCAAAACGUACUCCCGCCGGAGAAAAUUCCUGUAGGAAUGUCGACCCUCGUGUUCUCCCAGGUGUUUGGGGGAGCAGUGUUCCUCUCCGUCGGACAAACGAUAUUCAGCGGGGGGCUUCUUUCGGCUUUGGCUAAAUACGCCCCGGAUGUAGAUGCAAAGAACGUAGUGGAAGCCGGUGCCACGGCCAUAAGGACUGUUGUGAAGCCAGCACAAGUUGCAGGCGUCAUCGAGGCCUACAGCCAUGCUAUCAACCGCAAUUUUUACCUAUCCGCAGGCUGCGGAGUCGGAUUAUUCGUUUUUAGUCUGGGAAUGGGCUGGGUAAAUAUUAAAAAGAAGAAGGCGGUUGCGCCUGAAGCAUAAAAUACCACAUAUCACAGGAGUAUAUUGAGUUUUGGGUUAUAGAUUUCUGGGCUACUACGUUGGGUAAUUUGUGAAAUGAGGGGUUGUUUGCAUAGGUCAAGGGGUUAGUAGGUCACUCCACACAAUUAUAUACACAAUUAUGGGGUUAUAAUCAAGGGACGGAAGUAUUCAAACUUACAUAUUUCUAAAUAAGCGUUG